GAUUUUCAGUCGGGAGAUCGCGAGCCUUCCGCAACAAUGCCGCCGUACGACAACAAAAACGUUAAAGAAUUUUAUAUCGACCAACCUGUUGAUCAUUUCAACAAAUCAGAUACUAGGACGUGGAAACAGUUCUAUCAGAACCUGGGAGUGGUGUUUGUAAUGAUCGGUGGAGAGUCGAUCAUUCCGGUGAAAUGGGUGGCAAACGAGAAGGUUUCAAUGAUGAAAUGGGCGAGAAAGUUCGGCGCUGCUGCAUUUCAAGUGGAGCAUCGUUUCUUCGGUUACAGCAGACCGUUUCCGUGA